AUGGAAGAUGAGGGGAAUGAUAGUGAAGCAGAUGACGACGAGGAAGAGGUGGACGAUGAAGACGGAGCUGACGCUGGGAACGGUGACGAGGAUGAAGACGGCCUCGACGAUCGCGAACCCUUGCUUCCAAUCUUUUCAGCUGCGCAUCUCGAUGCCAUACCAGUCUUUGCUCUCACCCAUGCUGUUCGAUUGUUGGUCACCUCCCGUUGCGACACGGUCUUGUCCUGGGAGCAGCUCCGAGCCCCCCAGAUCUCGCAGUUCCUAGUGAAGCCUAUAGAACAAGAGAUUCGCAACAAUCAUCUCAAUGCUGCCACACAUUAUGCUCUUAUGGCCAACUGUCUUCAGUACGGAAAAGAAGCUGCUAUGACCUCGGGCAACAGUGGGACGAAUAGAACUCGUGCCAUGGUCUGCGAGCUGCUCGCGAUCAAGAUGCUUAGAGACUUCUCUACAAGAGGAUUGAUUGACGCUUUGUCAUACGACUUUGACCCUCUGCAAGGACACCUGGACGCUGUACCACAUACUCAGGACGAACGGAGGUCCACGGUAAUUUCCAGAAGGGGAACCCAGCGCCCAGCGAGAAUAUCCUGCUUCGAAAUCGCCAUCCGUGCUCAGGCCAAGAAGUUCCUCUCUCAUCCCAUGGUGGUGAAGCAGCUGGAAGCGAUCUGGGCCGGCACUAUCGUCUUUCACUCUGCUGCCGACAACCUGCAUCGCCAGUCUCCAUCCGCGAGCAAACAGCUGAGAAGCUACGGGACAAGUGGUGGGAACUCAACCAGCAAGCUAGUUCCCACUAGCAUUGAAACUCAACCUGCGCGACGAGCUGUUACGCUGUACAAUCCUCGCGACGCCUCCCUCUUCAAGCUGUCCCGGUUGCGUGUCCCUCGAUACCGCAACAUUCUCUCCACCUUGUCCUUUGCCGUCCUUCUCAGCUUGUUUGUGGCCGUCCUUGUGGAGCGAUCGCUGGAGAUUACGACACUCGAAGUCAUUUUCUGGUUUUGGGCGGCGGGCUACAUGCUCGAUGAGAUUGUGGGCUUCAACGAACAAGGCUUCAGUCUCUACAUCGCGAGCUUCUGGAAUACGUUCGACCUGGGAAUCCUUGUCCUGCUUCUCAUCCACCUGGCGCUCCGGCUGUAUGGCAUACUGAUGCCCGACGUGAGGAAACACUAUGUGGCCAACAUGGCGUACGACGUGCUCGCCGCUGACGCCAUCCUGCUGUUUCCCAGGCUGUUCUCUGUUCUUGACCAUUACCGCUACUUUUCGCCGCUCUUGAUUGCCUUCCGAUACAUGGCCGCCGACCUUGUUGCAGUCUCACUGUUGAUCCUGAUCAGUUGCAGUGGGUUCUUCGUUGCGCUGACUUUGUCUUUCGGCAAAGAUGGCGUUGACACUCCUAGCUCGGUGGCAUAUGCGCUACUCCAGAUGCUGAUGGGGUUCACACCUGCGGCGUGGGACCGGUGGAACGAAUACAAUGCCUUGGGAAAGACCAUCCUGACAUUGUUCUUGUUCAUCUGUCACUUCCUCGUGGUCACCAUCCUGAUCACCGUACUGACGAAUUCCUUCAUGGCCAUCGUCCGGAACGCGAAUGAAGAGCAUCAAUUUCUGUUUGCAGUCAACACCAUCUCCCACGUCAAAUCUGAUGCUCUCUUCUCCUAUGUCGCACCGACCAACAUCCUGCAAUGGCUCCUGGUGCCUCUGCGGUACUUUGUUCCUUUCCGGCAGUACGUCAAAGUCAACAGAACCAUAAUCAAAAUCACCCACCUACCGCUGUUAUUCUCCAUUUUUGUGUACGAGAAGACUAUCCUGCAGUCUACCGUGUACGACAGUAUUGAUCUCGUUGACCACCGAAGCAAAGGGAGAAGAGCGCCCAAAUUCCCGCGCCUGACCAGGGCCCCUUCCAUUGCCACUUUCAGGCAAGAUAGAGCCCUGGAGGAGGUAUUCAGACAGCCUUUUGACGCCACGGUACGGGGCGCCCAACGAAGUCGCGAUCUCCGUAAGGCGAGCAACGUGGUGAAUACAUGGAUGAGUAAAAUGGGCGACGAUGCCGUGGAGCCCCCACAGGAGCAGGACAGGCAGGUUGUUGACAGACUAGAGGCGAAAGGGUCAUCCUUUCGCCGGCCACGCCACUUCAGCCGGGUCCGCGAUUUCUCACGCCGCACAAUGUCGGUCGUGUCUGAUCCGGCUGAUUUUGCAACCGCUGCGGAUGUCUUUUCUCCAGCCGAAAGACAGCCAGUGAUGAUAACGCCCUCGGCCAUGGAAGAGCCCAAUCACCAUACGGACGCGGAUGGAGACGAUGAACUACACACCAACGAUGAGAUUGACGAGGAAGAAACCACAGCGUCCGAAACUCGACCGCCAAAUGAGGACGAACGUGAGACACAUAAUAGGGCUAAUGCCGCCGUUGAGCGCCGUGACUACUUUACAUCUAAGCAGUCGCCAACAGCUCCCGCACCCGACGACGGUCAGCCUGUAAGGACAAAUCCCCACGCCAGGCUUGAUAAGGCAUAUUCUCCCAGGCAUGGGCAUCCCUCGCACACGCGCAACGUGUCAACCGCAACGAUGAUAUUCAAACCAGUGUUAGACUCCAGCACCGAGCAAUCUUCCUCCAUUGGGGGCACAAUAGCUCCAGUCACAAAGGCACAGGUCUCGGCCCCCGCAUCAGGAACUCGGACACCACUUUCCAAACCUGGAUCCCAUACUCCAGGCCACCGGACACCAAAGCGACCUACAGCAGGCCCGACUCGAAUGCGACCGGUCCUGCCUGGUAAAAGUGAGCAAGCCUUUCGAUCAACCCCGAAUCUUGCCGGACUGCUACCAGUUCCAGGACAACCUCGGCGAAGACCGUCGCUUGAACUGGAUCUUGUUUCAGAUAUUGGUGAUAACCAAGCAGUCGGUGGCGGCUUCAUUGGGGCGCUACCAAGUUCCUUUGCCGCCCAUGUGGCGAAAGAGGCUGUCGAGUCACGACAUGCCAAGGAGCAGAAAGAGCAACAGGAGAUGUUUACCAAGAUUAUGAUGGCUAGGAUGAACUCACUGGAAGAAAGUUUCCGAGAUGUCAUUCACGAGAUGCGAAGCCAUCUGCGGCACGGUAAAGGAGCCAGCCAGAGUCGCGGCCGCGGUCGCAAAGACCGAUUUGGAGAAAAGGAAGCCAUCCGGCCAGCCACGGCAGAUGCUGACACGGAAAGGCCUAGUCCUAAGUCAAGCAGAGCUCUGGAGAAGCGCACUUUUGCUCAAUCGGAGCCAGGCGCGACGGUGACUGAGACGGCAGACAAGGAAGCAAAGGAGUCUGGAAAGAUUCCAGCCCACGACCGGCCCGUGUCUCGUUGA